AUGGAGAAUUGCAACGUUGACAUGGAACUAUUCCGACUCUUCCAUCAUGUCUCGGAGGAUUUAACUUGGAUCACCCUGGGAAAUGAGUCGAGUUUUUCUACCCUCGUUAUAAAAUGAUUUCAUCCCGCGAAUCGAAUCACGCGCCUUGUUCCUAGGCAUGCACUUAGCUUGCGCUGACUGCAGACCGCCUUGCCAGAUACAAGCAGGAGCUAGGGAAAACUCGUUCCACCGCAUUGGCAACCAUACAUGGAGAGAUCUACCUUGGUAAAGAGAAGCAUUUAAGAUGAGCCGAUUCCACGGGAGCUCGUCGCUCCUAGGAUCUCCUUCCCUUUCUUCAGUCUUAGCAUCAAUAUUUUUAGAGUAAGCUAGACCGGCAGUUCCUGCAACGUCAAGAUGAAGGGAUCUGUAUUCACUUACCUCGCCACCCUCGCCUCUUCCCUAGGCGUAGGCACCGUCAACGCUCAGGUUUUUGACCCGAACAAGGGCAGCUCUGGUGGAUGGGAUCCGGCAGUCGUUGGAACAAAUAAAACGACCAAUGCGACUUUCUCGAACCCUGUUAUGACACUCAACGUCGGCGAUCCGUUUAUGACUAGAUAUACUGUGGAUGGCGAGGAUUGGUAUCUGUUUACUUAUACGACAAACACAAAUAUCACACUUAGGCGCUCAAGAUACCUGACCGACAACUGGGACAAUUCGGAGAGUCGCGUCGUUUUCAAUCCAAAUGCUACAAGCGGGGAACCGUGGUCGACCAGUCUAUGGGCACCGGAGAUCCACAACAUAUCCGGCUCUUGGUAUAUCAUAUUUACUGCGACGUCAGAUGGUGACAAUCCGCCGCCGCUGCUUGAUGCCAUGUGCCCAAUAAAUUGUCCCGCGAUCAACCACCGAAUGUUCGUUCUGGCGGGAGACGGGCCUGAUCCGUGGACGGCUAACUUCGAGAUGAAGCCUAUGUUAGAUACAUACGACAUGUUCGCCAUUGACGGGACAUAUUUCCAACACGAGGACCAAUUAUACCACAUAUACUCUUGUUGGGAGCAGAAAUACUCUUCAUGGCCAGCCAAUCUUUGCAUCACUCGCAUGUCGGACCCAUGGACGGUCAACUCGACCCUUACCGAGCGUCGCAUUAUCAGCAUACCCAAUGAGCCCUGGGAACAGGUGCCUUAUGGACGGCCCAUCCGACUCGCGACGAACGAAGGCCCGCAGCAGCUCACGAACCCCAAGACAGGCCAGAACUUUGUAAUUUACUCUGCGGCGCGCGUUAACACGCCAUUUUAUUGCCUGGGCAUGCUAGAGCUCGUGGGUAACGACCCUAUGGAGUAUCAGUCGUGGCGCAAACACACUUCAGGGUGCAUCUUCCACCAGAACACGGCGGCGGGCGUGUACGGAACAGGCCACGCGAGUUUUACCUCGUCGCCGGAUGGGUCUGAGAAUUACAUCGUGUACCACGCUCAAACGACGGCGAAUCCAGCAGCGGACCUGUUUCGUACUGCGCGGAUACAGAAGUUCGAUUGGAACGAAGACGGCACUCCUAAGUUCCCGAGGGCCGAAAAUGGACCAUUCGGAGUUCCAGCUGGUCAGCUGGCUUUAACGAAACAAUAAUG